AUGGAGGAGAUGCGCUGUGAGAUGCUGGAGAUGCGGGAUCUGUUCCUGGAGGAUGAGGUAUGUCAGCUUCAGGAGCUGCGGCUGCAGCUGGAGCAGGCCAACAAGUUGUGUCGCAUCCUGCAGUACCGCCUCCGCAAGGCCGAGCGCCGCAGCCUCAGGGUGGCCCAGACUGGCCAGGUGGAAGGGGAACUGGUCCGCUCCCUGGAGCAUGACGUCAAGGUAGCAAAGAGUGUAUCCCUCCGCCUGCACAAUGAGUUGGAGUCCGUGCAACAGAAGAACUCCCGGCUGGAGUGGGAGAACGAGGCGCUUCGGGAGAGGCAACAGGAGCUGGAGGUGGCAAAGCAAGUUCAACAGGACGAGAUGGAGAAAGCCAGAGAAAGUUCUCUGAAGAGGAAAAAUGUCAGAUCACCAACCAGCAAGACUGAGAAGAAGCUGUCUCCCCAGGAUGACAGUGCUGAUCUGAAGUGCCAGCUUCACUUUGCCAAGGAGGAAUCAACUCUCAUGUGCAAGAAGCUGACCAAGAUGGUGUCGGAAAGUGAGUGCAUGCGUGAGGUUCUGUCAAAGUACCGCUCGGCCUAUGGAGACGUAGAUGCUGCUGCCCACUCCUCUGAGGGUGGUACUGCCAAGUCCCCCCACACUAGGGAGGCAGAGGUCAAGGUUCACCUGCGGCUGGUGGAGGAGGAAGCGACGCUGCUGAGCCACCGUAUUGUAGAGCUGGAGGUGGAGAACCAUGGCCUCCGGGCGGAGAUGAGCGACAUGAGGGAGAGCGUAUUAGGAGGAGGAGGAGAGGAGGAAGAGGAGCAGCCACAGAAGGGGGCCAGGGACAAUGGGGAUCUACCACCGCUUUAUGUGAGGGAUGUAGAGGAUUGUCAACAGAGCUUGAGGAUGGAGUGUAUGCAGUUUGAGCAGGAGAAGAGGGAAGAACAGAGAAGGAGUGUGAUUGAGUGUUCUCAGGAGGAGGUGAUGGAAAUACAGCGUAGAGACCAACCUCAGACGGAGAGAUUGAGUCCCCUCAGUCAGAUCCCUCUCGAGGGAUCUGUAGGUGGGGAAUGGGAGCCCCUGGACAACCAGCAGAGUUAUACACGCAGAGGCAGUGUUGCCCAUGCCUUGAAUGUGAAAGACCAUGAGGCCCUCCUUGCCUUGCGAGAUCAUGCCUGCCUUGUGACCUCAGCUAUCCAGCUUUUUGUCUCACCGGCCAAGAAUGGUUACAGCUCCCCUCCCUUAUCUCCCCACAUCGCCCGGGCAAAGUCUUACCCUCAGGGUAAAGCCCAUCCUCUGGCUCUGGACCCACUCAUGCAAGAACACCUGUAUGAGGCUCUGGAGCUUCUGCAGGCAAUGCUGUUAGCCUUAAUGGGGAGGGUGGAGUUAUUGGUGACACAAGGAGGAGAGUUGAGGGUUGAAGGAAAUUGGGAUCCCACCGCAAUCCCAUCCCUGGCUGAUCAGGACACACAAAACAACACAGAGGUCUCAGCCAAGAAGGAAACAGGUGAAGGCCUGCGCACAGCAGUGGUGAAGGAGAGAGUAAGACGAGCAACACAGUCAGACCACCUCGACAGCUGCAGGGACCCCAUGAUGAAGCUCACUUUGAAGGUGCUCUGGGUCCUCCACCAGCGCGGUGUGAGGAAGAGAUCUGGCCUGGAGGGCAAAGAGAGCAGAGAUCUUACGACUAUGUCUAUACUACACGGGUUGCUGCAGUACUUGGGCACAGAGCUGCAGGACUCAGAGGACAGCAUGGCAGGACAGGAUGCGAAGGCCACAUGGGCAUCAGACUGGAAAGGUUUAGUCUCCAAGAUGGAGUGCAGCACAGGUAAGACUGAUGCACAUGAGUAUCCAGACCAGCCAGGCCAUCCUAGAGGCAUACAGAGUGAAAUAACUGAGACAAGAAAUAAGACCAAACCAGACCGCUCUACAUUAGGGUCCAAGAAGAAGAACUGGUGUUACCUCAGCCAAGAGACUGCCCAGCUAGACCGAGAAGACCCCUUUAAGACCUGGGACCACCCCAUCAUGCCCCCUAGCUUCCCUAAUCUAAACUUGGACCAGUUGACCCUGGACAGUAGCCGCACUGCCCCAGAGAAGACUGUCCUCCGCAUCUACUACAGUCCCCCGUCUGCACGGAGAGUCCAUCUAGCUCAUCCGAGGCACAUUACCAACACUGAUAGAAAUUCUACUACCAGUGUAAUCUCUGCCAGGCUUAGUACGUCCCAAAGCUCUCUCACUCCCUUAUGUCUGAGGCUCUCCGCUAACUUGAGCGACGACAUGAAGGAGAUGACAGCUAGCUUACGACAGGCAGUUCACUCCAGUUCGCCGGAGAGGAGGAAGGGGAGGGUGAUCGUGAGUGGGGGAUGGACAGUGGACGUGGCCACCACAGGGACUCAGACCCAGAUGCACCCACAGAUGGUGAGUGUGGGUCUACAGACGGAUGGGCCCUACAGUGUAAGUGCAGUGAGAGGCAACCCUUUACGCCUCUCUGCCCGCACUCAACAGAUCUCGACUUCCCUUGAGAGGCUCCCAGGGAGAACCGAGAGGUCCAAGUCAGGCUCCACCUCCCCAAAAAUGUACCGCAGAUACUCUGCCUCUGCUUCAUCUUCAUCGUCUAUCUCCCCUUCCUCCACAACUGGUUUCACCACCACCUCCAACUCCUCCACCUCCUCUGCCACUCCUGGCAGGGAGGGUGUUUUGUGGAGCCUUUCCCAUCGGGGUCCUGCUGGGCAAACCUGGGCCCGCCCCAUCAAUCCCAGAGCUGGUCCAAGGCUUAUUCACCAUAGCACAAUAAACAGUGAAUUGAGCAGUGGAGGGAACAACACUAAACCCACCAGAAAACCUGGUGGUGCCAACCGGUACGGCCUAGUCACAGAGUUCCUGCGCAAAAUGAGUGGUCGAGCAGACAAGCCAGCACAAGCAACAGCACCGUGUGGGGGGCAGAAGGGGAAAUGCAGUCCAACUCAUAAAACCCUGGAGGUUGUGCCCACUCGCCCCCCUGCUGCACCAGUACACAGGAACGACAGUGUCGCCAGGAUUGGGAACCAGAGGUUCAUGAAGCAGAGAGAGGAAGCGUGCCGCGGCCAGAAGGAGGAUAACUGCCCCAGUCAGGCCCACAGUCAGAACCAGGCUCUCAGAAGAGACCUGAGCCUGGAGAGUAAAUUGACACUGGAGGAUGGGAACUAUGACUGUAGCAGUUCCAAGUCCUUGUCCUUCUGCUUUGCCCGAUCAUCUCGCCUUGGCCCUGACCAAGCUACAGCAUAAUAGAUAUUCCUCCGCUGUAAACGGUUGUGGGUCAGGAGAGCCCAACUCCAACUGUGAAUAAGGAGGUGGAGCAGUAUCACAUUGACACCACUGGACAGCUGAUAAAGAUUACAAGGGACAUGGAGAAUCCAAGGCCUGUGUUCUGGAAUUCUGCUUUCAGUCAUCAGGAUGAAUGGAUAGAGGGAAGUACUUCAGAACCCAUUAUGAUAGGGGGUAUAGUUAUUUGAGAUACAUACAUGCCUAUUAUCUGCCUGUAGCAUGUUCUUUUUGAAAGAGAAGGAGUUAUGUAAGAAAUUCUGUGCUAGAUCAUCUUUUUUCUUAUUUCAGUUCAGCCCAUGGCACUUCACCCUUUUACAAUAUGCAACAACCUUUUUGGACACACCAAGGCACUUACAAUUGCCAGUACUCAUUGAUUUUUUUUUUUUCUUAUAGAACUAAAUAAUAUUUUGUACAUCUGUAAGAAUAUUGUCGGAAUGAAUAAACUACUAUACUAUGCAA